AUUUGUCAAAUAGCCCGUGCAUGGCAUGGUUGACAGGAUAGCUAACGAUUCGGUUAGGGAACCAGGGUGGACACUUUUAUCAGCCUGAAAAAGAAGUUAAACUGCCAGAAUAAGGAGUAACUCCGUGUCUUCUUCCCGUUUGACCAGCUGUCCUCACCCUGCGAGAGUGCAUUUUCACAUUUGUCAUUGCUCGGUUAGCUAACUACUUAACAUUACUCUUUGAAAAUGGCGGAUGUACCACCGGAGAAGAGCCUGGACGAUUUCUUUGCCAAGCGGGAUAAAAAGAAGAAGAAAGAGAAAGGAAAGGGCAAGGAGUCCGCCGCCACCGCCACGUCGGCUGUGAUGAAAAAGACCAAGAAGGAGAAGGAAAAAUCGGCGAAAAACGAGAAUCAAGACGCACAGAUUGAGAAGGAGGACGAGGAGUGGAAAGAGUUUGAGCAGAAAGAAGUGGACUACAGCGGGCUGCGGCUCCAAGCUUUACAAAUAAGUGAUGAGAAAGAGGAAGAGGAGUAUGAGAAAGAGGAGGUUGGUGAGGAUGGAGAGAUCAUUCUGGUCAGUGGGGACAAAGUGUCAGGACCCUGGAACAAAUCUGGAGCUGCUCCCCCUCCUCCUCCACCUGUGGAGGAUGAAGAGGUGCCUGAGGCGAAGCCUGCUGGCGUAUAUCGCCCUCCAGGGGCUCGGCUGACCACUAACAGACGAAGCCACACCCAGGGACCUCCAGAGAUCUUCAGCGACGCACAGUUCCCUUCUCUACUGGCCACUGCCAAGCAUGUGGAGACACGCAAGGACAGAGAAAUGGAGAAGACCUUUGAAGUUGUGAAACACAGGAACCGUGGUAGAGAGGAGACUGGUGGCGCUUCUAUGCAGCACUUGCAACUUGACAACCAGUACGCCAUCCUUGGGGAUAAGUAGAGCCGCUCCCCUCCGUCCCCUGGCCCCUCCAGCACGGUCAUGCCCAGCCCCUUGAAGGAAGCUGAACUCCAGCUGUGUGGACUGCAGUCCUGACAGAGCUCACGCUGCCACCAUCACCACACUGGUUACUCACACAAACACACAGCCCUGUAUACACACACAACACACAUACACACACACAUACACACACACACACACACACACACAUAUAUAUAUAUAUAUGCAUUCAUACACAGUAGUACCACUGCAGCACAUGCACAUACAGUCACACUCCCUUAAAAUAGAUCACUAAUACACUUCACAUACAUUUGGUUGGCAAACCUGAGGGACUGCAUCUGAAGGGGCUGUUGAAAGAUGGAAUAAUUGAAAAGGAAUUAGAAAAAUACACCCAAACGUACAACACUGCAGCAGCAACAAAAGAUGACGUAGUUGUCCUUUGUGGAUUGUACUCAGAGCAGCAGUUGUAUGGCGCAACUUCUCUCUGGACUUCAACUUGCUUCGAUAAAGCCACAGAGGAUCGAAGAAGACUUUAGGCAAGAUGAUUUUACAAACUUCUGUGAAAAUAUCUAUUUUUUUGCAAGAUCGCUAUAACCCAAUCGCACACGGUUAUUUUCGGGUGUGUUUUUGAGUUGCGGUUGGGGCUUCGGGAGUGGGGAAACUACCUCAGCGGCAUAGCUGGUGGUGACCAUGUGGACUGAGCUUUUUUCCGCUGUGGUGGUGAACGGGGCAAACACCAACCCCCCCACAUACAAGCUGGCCAUCAGGCUCUUUGAUUUAAAAACUUGAAGCUUUGUUUUUUUCCUUCAUGAUGAUGAUGAUGAUGAUGAUGACACUCUGCAAAGAUCUAUGGACAAGAAGUAAUAGGUUGUGGUCCUCAUUUAGAAUUUCUAUAUUAAGUGGCCUUACUGAUAGAGAGAAACUGCUUUGUCAUCUAAAGAGAACUUUGCUUGUUGUCUCACGGGCUGUUGCCUGCCUCUGGAUCUCACCACUUUGUGAAAAAAACAUACAAAAGGAAAAAAAUCCCUCUGUUCAAGAAUGUAGUGCUGUUGUAGUUUGCCUGAUGAUUACAACUACUAACUGUCUUUCAUAUCCAAUGUUUGACUUUGCUGCCCUCACUUUAUUUUGGUAUCUUUAGACAUCAGCAAAAGAGUAAUUAAAGCUUGUUCCUAAUCCGAAACCAUUCUUUUGGUAACAAAUGCUUUACUGUGGUUUGAAAGAAGUUGUCACACAUGUUACAAUGCCGACAGAAAACCACUUUUAAAGCGUAUUUGUUGAGGUUGUUUGCCCAGAUUGUCGUAAAGUGGUACAUUUCACCUCCAGUUUUAAGACCGACCUUUUUUAACAAGGCUUUUCCUCCUUGAGUAUCAUACUGUCUCAGCCCUCAUUGCAGCCUUUUAGAACAGGUAGUUUGUGCAUAACUUAAUUUCCAGAGAGUUACAGCAACUGCUGGUCUGUAAAUACAAACUGUCACCAAACCAACAGAGUACUAUCCACUUUUAAAACAGUGGUACGCCCAGUUAAAAUCAAAUGGGUUUUUACUACAAGCAUAGUUAUGUUUAGAAAGGUGAAGAAGAACUGGAUUUAUGUUCUAUGUAUCUGUCCUUUCCAUAAAAGAUGUCAGGGAGUGUUGAUCCCUGCUGGGACACUGUGGGUGGACAUAGAUAAUAUUUGUGAUGAAAAGAGAAGAGCCUAACACAAAAAAUAAAGUGAUCCUUGUGAAUUAA